UUCGACCCCGAUCUCCCAUCUUGACGUCUGUCAUUUCUUGACAAUCGCCGAAUUGUAUCGGAAUCCGGGUCGCCUCUUCAGCAAAAGUUCAGUGAAAACCGCAGAAGUAAAUCUGAAAGAUUUGCGGCCUGGACAAGAUGGAUUGCAACGAUCUGAGCGAGGGUCUCGACGUCGUGCCUAAAACGUCGGAUUUCUACAGGACUUGCAAACUGCCGAAAAGGUUCGAAUAUCCUUCGUGGUUCUACGGAUACGGAAUACAGAGGCAGCCGUCCGAGCAUCCGUUUUAUAGGACGACUUCCAGUGACUAUGGAAGAUACGCGCCCACCAUUCACAGCGUGCCUACGUCCUUCUUCCCGAACAACCAGGAAUUCACCAAGGCCCUGGCCAAGACAGGAAUGUACAGGAAUUAUUCGCUGAACACAGGGCUUGACCCUACGCCCUACUGAACCGGUUUCCCGACGCAUUUUCAGGACAGUCGAUUCCAUCUUGUAUACAGGGUAUACAUAAGUACGUUAAAAUAUUUGGGUGACGUAUUUCUGAGACAAUUUCAAGAAAAACAGUUAUUUUGAACUUGUAUCCGAAAAUGCACUGUUUCGGAGAUACAGGGUCUUGAAAUUGAAUUAAUUUUUCACUUUUAGGAAACAACUGUUGCAAAAGAUGAUU